ACAAUAACUAUUCUGGUCGACAGGUGUAAACCAAGUACUAGUACUCGUAUCCCGUCUCUAUCGCGUCAGUGGCAUAAAGCACCCAUAAACGUAGCAGUGAAUAUGGAUAGCACAUUGUCAUCGGACCGUGAAAGGCAGUGGGAAACGUACCGUACAAUCAAAGAAGUACAUGAAAACAGUCGCGGAGUAUUUCCUAAAGCCAGGGAACCGGGGAAAAUGGGAAAUGCCCCGUUUGUGUUCGACGGGGAGUCGUUGACGCUUUACUCGUCGGAUUUCGCCCCCAAGUCAGUGAAACCAAUUGAACAGCGUCCUUGUUCUGUAACAAGAAGAAAUAAUCCUCAUCCAUCACAAAUGUUUAUGCACUGGAAGGUGCCGACAAGACUGAUUAAAGACAAACCUGAAUACCGUGCACAGCAACAGUCUCUAAUUAAGGACAGUCACCAGCAUUUCUAUGAAGAUAUCAAUGGAAAAAGACAAUUCACCAAUGUGGAGAACGAUGUGUUGAAAUACACAGACGAGAUGUACAAGAAUGCUGGGGGAUGGAAAGAACCAACUAAACAUGUCCGUAGUUCAAUGACGUCCACCACGCAUCAUAGCCCUCCAUAUCAUAUGUUUCCUCAAAGCCGUGGCAAAGAUUAUGUUUCCCAGUCAGCUGUUCUGCCAAGAGGGACAGUCAACCCAGGUAAAUAUCAGUCAACAUACUGAGUACGGUAAUAUUUUG